CAGAAAAUAGAUUGAUAUACAUACAGAGCAAAAAAGGGGGAAAGGGGAAUUCUAAUUUUCUUCUAGGGUUUGGCGCUGCUGUUGAGAAAGAGAGGUGAAAAUGAUUGAGGUGGUGCUGAACGAUCGUCUGGGGAAGAAGGUGCGCGUGAAGUGCAACGACGACGACACAAUCGGAGAUUUGAAGAAGCUGGUGGCUGCGCAAACUGGUACACGCGCCGACAAAAUAAGGAUCCAGAAGUGGUACACCAUCUACAAGGAUCACAUCACCCUCAAGGAUUACGAGAUCCAUGACGGCAUGGGCCUCGAGCUCUACUACAACUAAUUCCUCACCCAAGCAGCCCUUGGAAUGCGUGAAGAUGGAUAUAUAUAGAUAAAAUAGCCGGUGUCUGCUUGAAGAAUGAAUUAGGGAUAUAAUCAUCAUGUAUGUUUUUGGCUAAACUUCGUAAACCCUAUAAAUUCGUUACUUUAAUAUGUACCUAAAUGUUCAGGCAUUGGCAUUUCAAAGUAUGGAUGUGAAGAUAUUCAUGUCACUAUUUUCGUAGUUUCGGUUGGUUAUCGUUGACUUUGGU